UUUGCCAUGAAGAAACCCUUUGGGACUGAUCACAAUUACUAGAACUUGCUUUGCUCUGAAGACCCGGCAGUUUUUUAAGAUGCUUUCUACCUUUGGUCUAAAAGUACUUCUGUAAAGUAGCUAGAAAAUCUGGGAGUAGAACAUUUAAUAUUUCUGCACUCUCCAGCCUACUAUAAUGUCAGAAAUGAGUACCAGCUGGACAGCCAACCUGAGCUUUGGACCAUCUACAGAUCCUCAUGAGCCACGAAUUGGACUCUCUAGAACAGGGCACACCAUAGUGGCUGUUUUCCUUGGAUUUAUCUUGGCAUUUGGCUUCUUGAAUAACUUGAUUGUUCUCAUACUCUUCUGCAAGUUUAAAACCCUGCGCAACCCUGUAAACAUGCUACUGCUGAACAUCAGUGCCAGUGACAUGUUAGUGUGCAUCUCUGGCACCACACUCAGUUUUGCAUCCAACAUCCACGGCAGAUGGAUUGGAGGAGAGUAUGGUUGCAUGUGGUAUGGCUUUGUCAAUUCCUGCUUUGGUAUUGUGUCCCUGAUCUCCUUGGCUAUCUUGUCUUAUGAACGCUAUAGCACCAUCACCCUAUGUAACAAACGGGGCUCUGACUAUCAGAAGGCUCUGCUAGCAGUUGGUGGUUCCUGGCUUUAUUCUCUGAUCUGGACAGUACCACCGCUCAUUGGCUGGAGCAGUUAUGGGAUUGAGGGGGCCGGCACAAGCUGUUCAGUACGUUGGACCUCCGAAUCAGCUGAGUCUGUGUCCUAUAUAAUCUGUCUCUUCAUAUUCUGCUUGGUCAUCCCUGUAAUGGUCAUGAUAUACUGCUAUGGACGUCUCCUUUAUGCUGUUAAACAGGUUGGAAAAAUCCGGAAGAAUGCUGCCCGUAAAAGGGAAUACCAUGUCCUCUUUAUGGUGAUUACUACAAUAAUCUGUUAUCUAAUAUGCUGGAUGCCUUAUGGAGUUAUAGCACUGCUUGCAACAUUUGGUAGUCCAGGUGCAGUUUCUCCAGUAGCAUAUGUCAUACCUUCCAUCUUGGCAAAGAGCAGUACCGUAUGCAAUCCAAUUAUCUACAUACUUAUGAACAAGCAGUUUUACAAAUGCUUUCUUCUACUUUUCCACUGCUACCCUCCUUCGGCUGCUGAUGGAGAAUCCCCAUGUCAGUCUAAGGUAACCGUAAUCCAGCUGAAUCAGAAAGUGGACAGUGGAGUCACAUGUAAUAAUCAAGUACUUCCUGAAACGGAUGAACAAGUGGCCUGUCUGCAGAGCCCAGAGUCAAACAUAGAGACAGCUUCAGAAGACACACCACAGAUGUUAAAGGAGAAUUCUUGCUGAUGAAUAGACACACACCUUAACCAGUGUACAUUGUUUUAUUGCCAUGCUACCCAGUUUACUUUAACAUUCCUAAAGGAAGCUGCUAUUUGUGGAAUAGGGAAAAAAAAACAUGACAAGAACAAAAACAGGCUUCUGUUACUACUUCUUAAUAGCAACGAAGAUUGAAAGUCACUGAAGAAACUGUUUGAUAUGGCAGUUUUAGAACAAUACAGGUGACCUUCCUAGUAAAAGUUAAUUCUUUAAUGGAGAACUGAAAAGCAGUGAAGGUUUAAAUCUUUAUAAUCUGAUGAGCAAUGUCUCCAAGAGUCAAUCUUUAUUAAGGACAUAUGUGUCAUCUAGUUUAUCCCUUUGCCAGUAGAUUUUUCCCUAUUAGUAUUUUGGUCUCCUAUAGUUAUAAAAGUGAGUGAUGGAGAUUCCACUCCUUCCCUUAGACAAAGCCUAAAAAACUCCAAGAUUUUCCUGAUAUUCACCCUAAUUUCACUCAACUCCUCCUAGUUAAACCCCUUUAGCCUAUAACAUUAAUCUCCAUCCUUAGCAUUUACAACAAUUCCACAUUUGCAUGUGGCUAUUUAUUGGUAUUCUGCACCCUGCCUGGCUAAUACCUAUUUAUUUCCAGGUGCAGUUCAAUCUUUUUAAGUGGUUGAUGACCCAGGUAUCAGACAAUGUCUUUCUUUCAACGCUUGUUGCAACUAUUACAGUCUGGUAGGGCAUGCUGUCUGUCUGUUCCUGCGGUUGAACUCUCCAGGACCAGCAGCCACACAUUUACUGCAGGGCCUAAAGUAGACUUGCGGGG